AUGGGGAAAAAACUGAGCAUUUCCUCAGCGCGCGAUCGAGUGGUUACGAGAUCUCAAUCCAGUGCCAUGGAGCGGGAGAGAUUGUCUAAGCGAUCGCCGAUUGCUGCUGCGGAGCCGGAGGGAGUAAUGGCSAAGCGAAUCCGAAGAGAUGUUAAGCAUCCGAUCAUUCAUCCUUGCAGCUCUCCUCGUUCCGCCUUUCUCACUGCAUCUUCCUCUUCCUGCUGGUAUGACGCGGACGUGUGGACAGAGGUGGCGAAGUUUCUUGACGGAAGAUCUCUGAUGAUGCUUGCGGCGACUAGUCGGUGGUUUUACCGUUUAGUUAUGGAAGACAGCAUAUGGAAGUAUGUCUGCCUGCGUGAUCUUCAGGUCUCUGCUCCUCAAAUCACGGCCUUCAAAUGGAUUAAACUCUAUGUUUCCGCCUUCGACGGAAGCCACUCUUACAUUUUCCGGCAGCAGGAGAAGCAUCUUGAUUGGAUGCGAAUUGGGGCAUUUUCCAUGGAUUCUUCAGUAGCACUCCUGUCAGAAAGGCUAGGCUCCCAAGUGAAAAUCCCAAAACAGGAUUCAAAGGAUAACAUGUUGGAGUCCGGUUGUUGUGUCUUGCACAAUGUUAAAACUGGGAUCUGGAUAGCUGAUCUACAACUUGUUCGUUGUCCCGUCUGCGACCUGAAUACAUGUGAUGGAACAAUGCAGACGUUGGAUGCGAGGCACAUAGAGUUGUUCCUAAAUGAAGGUUACCAAGAUGGGAGUUGGGAUUAUCAGAUUGUAGGUUCCCAUGAUAUCAGGAAGCCUACAGAAGCAGCUUCAGGGGCCAUUUUUGAUGUCAAGCACCUGGAAGACUCUUCAACCUCUGGAAUACUGGAUAUGCAAACAUGGAGUGGAAAGCGUACAGAUUGGCAACCAAAGGCUAUGAUCACUCUCCAUGCCGUUGCUGUAAACACCUAUUUACAAGACAAUGAAGGAGUUCAUGUGAAAUACCAGGCCAUGAGAGGAGGAGCAAAUGGAGAAGUGGUUUCUAUCAGAAUCUCUCAGCAGCUUCUGUAA